AACAUCAAAAGGAAACUUGGUGGAAUUCAACUUCCAAAAGCUUGCAGAUUGCCGUUGAUUUCCAUGGAGUUAAUAAAUAUUUCAGUCUCAAUCCAUUGCCACCUGUAACUCUACUUCCAUUUUCCCCUACAACCACCAACCCUUUUCCAUUCCUCCUAUAUUCACCAGGUAACUCACUUUUUCCACCGAUUACAACAACUCAACACACUUUCUUCUUCAAUUGAUACCGUACUGUUCUUGAGCCGUGAGGACUAGAGUUCAUGGGUGGCAAAAGUUCAAAGAGGGCUGUGUCAGGUAGGUACUCAUCAUAUGGCUCAUCAUCAAAUUCAUGGGCUUAUUCGCAAUCACAAUCACCGUAUCCGCAAUCACCAUCGCCGUACCCGCAAUCGCCAUACCCUCAACCACCUAUGCAACAACCAUAUGUUUCCCCUUCUCCUUCUCAAAGCUAUCCAGAUAGGGUUCCCACAGUUAAGAGGAAGCUAGAGAGAAAAUACUCAAGAAUAGAUGAUAAUUACAACAACUUAGAGCAGGUUACCGAUGCUCUAGUGCGUGCUGGUUUGGAGUCUUCAAAUUUGAUUGUUGGUGUGGAUUUUACCAAGAGCAAUGAGUGGACCGGCGCAAGGUCGUUUCAUCGACGAAGCUUGCAUCACAUUGGAAACGACAUAAACCCUUAUGAAGAAGCUAUAUCCAUAAUUGGAAGGACACUCGCUUCCUUUGAUGAGGAUAAUUUAAUUCCUUGUUAUGGAUUCGGAGAUGCUUCAACUCAUGAUCAAGAAGUCUUCAGCUUCUACCCAGAUGAGAAAUUUUGUGAUGGAUUCGAGGAUGUUUUGAGACGGUACAGGGAAUUAGUACCUCAACUGCGUCUUGCAGGACCUACAUCGUUCGCCCCUAUUAUUGAAAUGGCUGUUACCAUUGUCGAACAAAGUGGUGGUCAGUAUCAUGUCUUGUUGAUCAUUGCCGAUGGGCAGGUCACAAGAAGUGUUGAUACUGACCGUGGGCAACUAAGUCCACAGGAAAGGAGAACGGUGGAGGCGAUUGUGAAAGCUAGCGAGUACCCCUUGUCAAUUGUAUUAGUUGGGGUUGGAGAUGGACCAUGGGACAUGAUGAAGGAUUUUGACGACAAUAUCCCUGCUCGAGCUUUUGACAAUUUUCAGUUUGUAAAUUUCACAGAAAUUAUGUCGAAGAACAUGGAUUCGUCUAGGAAGGAAGCAGAGUUUGCUCUUUCAGCCUUGAUGGAGAUACCUUCACAAUACAAGGCAACGCUAGAGCUCAACAUAUUAGGUGCUCGUCGAGGGAAGGUUAUUGAUCGGGUUUCUCUUCCGCCACCAUGUUAUGGUUCCGCAUCUUUAGGUGGACCAAAGCCUUCUCGUUCUGCUACUUUCCAACCAAUUGCACCGACUUUUCAGAGAAAAGAACCAUCGGCUAAUACAAAUUACCAUGGGACUUCUACCUCGGAUAGCAACCUUUGUCCCAUUUGCAUAACGAACCGAAAAGAUAUGGCCUUUGGUUGUGGGCAUCAGACAUGUUGUGAAUGUGGCACCGACCUUCAACUUUGCCCGAUUUGCCGGAGUCACAUACAGACCAGGAUCAAGCUUUAUUAAACGCUACGUUCUCGUGGUGCAAGUUUGUUCCAAACACUACGUUUUUGUUCAUAUUCUUGUUCUUCAUUGUGUUUAACGAUAUCGAUAUUGUUAUCGAUUUGUAUAUGUUGCAGUCGGUUCACCUGCGUGCCUUUUGGUCCGAAAGAAUCGGAAAAUCUUAGGGUAAGUUUUUCUUGUGAUCUUUGUAAAGUAGUUGCACAGUUUUAGGAUGUACCAUAUGCAUUUCUUUAGCGAAACAGUUGAAUCGAUCUA